CCCUCAAUUCCAUAAUUCUUCUUCUUCAAGUAGUCUUGAGAGAAAAAAACCUAGUUUCUUGACGAAUCAAGGCAAAAUCACGAUGAAACAGGCUUCUUUUUCUUCUUCUUCGUCUCGUAAUUUAACAAGUUUAACAAACAGACUUAAAACCAUCUUCAAGAAAGCUUUGGAGCUUUCGAUUCUCUGUGCUAUUGAGGUUUGUGUCAUCUAUUACGGACCAAACGGUGAACUAAAAACAUGGCCAAAGGAGAGAGAGACAGUACAAGAUAUGGCUUUGAGGUAUAAAGAGGCCAGAAAACGCAAGAAAAGCCUCAAUCUUCACGAGUUCCUCGACAAGGAGAAGGACAAGGACAAGGACAAGGGGAAGAAGAAUUUGAAGAAGAAGCAGAAGAAGAAUGUCAAGUAUCAUGAUUGGUAUCCGAACUUUGAUCAUUACUCUCCCCACCAACUCUCUCAAUUGAAUCAGUCCUUAGAACAGACUCUCUCUAAUUUGCAAGAAAGGCUUCGUUUUGUUGAGGCGCAGAAACAACAGAACACAAACUUGGUUCACCAGAGUUUAACACCAUCGUAUCUGAACCAGAACCAACACUUGAAUCCUAGCAAGUUCUCGCUGUAUAUGUACAACCAUGGAGAUGCUACUCUCUCACAACUCCCACUGUCUGCUUCACACUCCAAUCAACUCACCGAUUACACGAAUCACUUGAUGCAGCAGGAGCUUUAUGGUUUUGGUCAGAACUUGUGUUUGGACAACAUCACCAACACAACCUUUCAACAUCCUUGCGUGUCAAACACACAAGACUACUCACCGUUACUUUCAGCACAAGCAUCUGCGGUGAAUAACUACGGAUUGAAUAAUCACUUGAUGCAGCAACAGGAGCUUCAUGGUAUUGAUCAGAACGUGUGUAUGUUGAGUGAAAUCAUCAACAACAACAACAACGGUCUACAACAUCCUAAUCUCUCAAACACGGUUCCACAUGAAUUCUCUUCUGAUUUCCAGCAGAACCCUUAUUGUAAUACGGUCGGUAACACUAGCUUCUCUCAAGAUAUGUUUUCAAGCUAUGAUGCAAGCAGUUUGCAUCAGACAUCUUCUCUGCCACCUCUCCACAACAUUCCUAACAGUUAUUGUUUUUCUGACAACUCAAGACUUCUCUGAUAACAAAUCUGUCCAAAAGAA